GACUUAUAUUAGAUUAGAUAUUGCAGAUCCCCAAUAAACCACAUGACCUCGUAUUUAAAACCCCACAAAGGGAAGAAUAGUGGCCAUUAUAUUUGCCUCGUUAUACCAAAAACAUAGAGAGAUAGAAAGCCUUAUUCAUAUUGUCAUCUCUUCAAAUUUCUAUUCCCAAGAGUAGUAGUGAGAGAGACACUAGAUAAGAGUUAGUUUUCUGGUCUUUGGUCUGCCUAUUUCUUGCUUGGGAGUGAGUGACACACUGUAAGCCCCUCCUCUUAAGAUAAAAAGAGAGUGGAGGACAAAUAUAAGACAGAUAAAAGCAAAUUUUUCUUCAGCAAAAUCAAAAGCUUUAUACAGAGAAUUAAAAAUCAGAGACAAUGGGCAACGAGUGGUUGUACUGGGGUAGCAGUGGCAGUGGUACUAGUAAAAGAUCCAGCCAGAAAGGAAGACGAACAAAAGAAGAAGAAGCACAACAAAGACAACAUACUCAGUAUAAUACCACAAAAUCAAGAGGAGAAGAAGUACUCAAUAAUGAAGAAGCUACUCAGCCUGGUGGUUGCAUGUGUUUCCAAAUCUUUGAUUUACCACAUCUACAACUGGCUUUGAACCAACAAUCUCGUUCUUUGAAGCCUCAUCAUCAUACUUCUUUCAUUCAACAAGACCAAGAACCUUCUUUCCUCAAAGGAGUUGAAGCACCAAGAAACAGUUUGGAACUAGAUGAGCCUGUUGUGGAACGUAAAUCUGUGUCAAGUUCCUUGUCGUCAUCAUCAACCAUGAAAAUAGACGACCAAAAUUUGAAUAUCCCGGUGGUUAUUCAAAUCAGAACAAGCUGUGAUUCAAGAUCACCCCGCGUAUCAACAUCCACCACAAGAACAAGGACAGAUCAUGAUAUAUCGUCAGAAUGUAGCAGUAGCUCACCAGCGGGGACCAAGACUCCAACACUAGUAGCUAGACUAAUGGGCCUUGAUCUACUCCCUGAAAAUAACUCUCCUCGUAUUUCAAUUUCCACUACUUGCAAUACCAAGUCACAUUCAAAGAAUGUGGUUAAUAAUCACCAGUACUCAAACAGUAGUAAAAACAGAAGAUUCAGUAACUUUGAAAGUAGUGAUACUAAUUACAUCACAGGUACACUGUCACUCCCUGAGACACCAAGAAUAUCUUUAGCCAGGAGGUCAGAUGUGGAACAUCAUCAUCAUCAGCAUCAACAUCAUCACAGGUUAUCUCUUCAGAUUAAUAAAGAGAACAUGGGUGACGUAUUCGAUUUUUCAGAUUCUUCUAGUAAUGCCAGUGUCGGUAGGAAAAUGGCGAGGAGUAGUACUAGGAGGAGAAGUUAUCAUGAUCAAGAAAAUGAAAACCAAAUAAGAAGUCCAGGGUAUUAUGCUAGGCAGAUUGUGAAGCAAGUUAAAGAAAGUGUCAGCAGGAAAGUUGGUCAUGACAUUACCAAUACUAGUACUGGUAGUACUAGUUUCAGAAGAAAAGAUGACCUAUUAGCUGCUAAAUAUGAUCAAGUUGUCUUGCUUAAACCAAAGAAAAAAUCACAUGGAGAUCAUGAUGAUUUUAUCCCAAGCAAGCAGGCAACUCCUUCUUGCUCACCUAGGUUCAGAUUCUUGGAGCCCAAGAAUAGUAGUACUAAACAUCAACCAGUCAGCUCAUGUGUUGCAAAAAGUCAAACUACUUCUCAUUCUCCAAGAUUUUCACCAUUAUCUCCACUUGCAGAGAAUACAACAUUACCAGCUAAAAUAGUCACUAAGCCUAAACCUCAAACUUCACCAAAAGAGCAAGUGCAACAGAAUAGUACUACUAUUCAAAAGAGAAAAGUUGAGAAAGUUGUUCCUAAGAAGCCACCACAAGCUUGUGAUGCUAUUAGGAGCAAGAAAGAAGAGCCAUUCGUUCGUUCAGCAGCAGCAACAAAUAAAGCAAACUUUGGGGACAAGAAGUGCAAGAAAAUUCCAUUGUCAAAUCAACUUGUUAACACCACCAGUACUGUUCCAACCAUUUUGCCAUUAAGGAAAGACCCUUCUCCUCCACCCACCAAGUUACUCAUUAAGCAGUCAGAGUCAUCAGAGGAAUCAGAUACAAUAGCAUCGAAAAGGAGCACACAGACGUUAUCUAGUAAUUCGAGCCAUUCGUACAAACUCAUAUCCACCCUCCAAGACAGAUGUAACGGUGCUAAUACUAUCAUUUCCGGUGAAUGUAGUAUUGGAGCCGAAUUUCAGUACAUACAGAGAAUACUGAAACGUACGGGUAUCGACAAAAGUACUCCACUGUCCUUAGCCAAAUGGUAUUCCACUUCUCACCCACUUGACCCCUCUAUUUUUCACUACUUCGAACUUUUUACCACUUCCACUUUAACCCUGAGGUGCAACAGAAAGUUGAUUUUCCAACUUGUGGAUGAGCUCCUUGUUGAAAUCUUGAAACCAUGUGGUAAGUUCCUGAAACGUGGUCAAUUAAUGCAUGGGAAGGAACUGAUUGACAUGUUGUGCAUGAGAAUACGAAGUUUUCCUAAGGCUAAUUGUCAAGUUCUUGAAGAUAUUGAUGCGUUGAUUGACAAUGAUAUGCAAAAAUCAGAGAUUGGAAUUGGAAGUGGUUUUUUAGAAGAAGAAGUGGAAAGUAUAGUGUGUGAGAUUGAACGUGACAUUAUGAAAGAAUUGGUGCAUGAUAUUACAGUUUGAAGGAAAAAAAAAGGAAAAAAGAAAUAAAGAGAACAGGGUCUGACUAAUGUCACAUGGGAUAUUCACGUGACGAGAUGCCAUUGGUUUAAGGGGCUGGGGACCAAUUUUCUCAAAGUUGGACUCCUUGUACUUGGAAAGGCCAAAGUUAAGUGGGGUAAUUAGAGGGGUACACAUGGGGUACUGAAGUGAUGAUACGUAUUGUAGAAGUAGCUGCUUUUUCUACUGUAAUUACUAGUAGCAUAUCUGAAUAAACAAUUCAUAUUAAGUUGCUUUCCU